AUGGUACUGCUCUGUUUCGUGCUAGAUCUCUGCAACCUUUCGCCUCCAUUGCUCAAAAACCUAAAACAGUCCUUGUUACACCUCGCAAAUUUCUACGCUGUAUCGUCUCCUUCACGCUGCCAAUUGCAGUCUCUCGUCGACAAAAUCGGCUUGUGUUAUCUCUUCAAGAACCGGACUUCUUCCUCUCACGAGCUAAAGGUGGCUUAUAGUCCUAGAGGAAAUUUCAAUCUCCGUGAUUUCCAUCAUGCCGUUAAUAAUGUGCCUACUGAUUCCUUUUUGCCUGAAAUUAACGAUUCUGGAAGUCUCCGUUCAUGCGAUGUGAAGCUUUCAAGUAUUUUGAGUGAUCAAGUACUGUACUCAUGGGGAGGUAAAGAUAUUAUGAGAAAAGUGAUUGUUUUGAGCUCGUGCGUGCCUUAUAAUGUUGACUCAGAGUUGAAAGUGACUCUCAUGGAUGCAGAGGAUAAGUACGUUUCGGUGGAGUUUGUAUUAUUUGAGCAAAGUUUGAGCCAUCUUGGAAAUUUGCAGGGGAAUAUUAAUUCUUUCAUGAAAAGUACAUCAGAUCUCGAUAAUUUCUCAUUUGGAACUUAUCUCGCAGAGAGUAGAGUAUUUCAUAGCAUGGUAAAACAAUGGCUACAAGAGUUAAAGGAUGACAUGGAAGAACCCUUGCAAGCUCGUUUCAUCUUUAAAAGCAACCUCAUAGGCUCUCUAAAUCAGAUAUUCUGCAGCUUGUCAACAUCUGUUUGUCAAAUUACUGAUGGGUUCGGUGCUUGCCAGACAUGCAGGUGUCAUGGCUCUAUGUUAGAUAACAGAAUAAAAGACGAAAAUGUGGGAGCUUCUUGUCCAAUCACAGGGUGUGAUCUGGGAAUUUCUGAUGUUAUUGAAAAUUCUGUGCAAGUUGGAGACAAAACAGUUCUGUUUAUGCCAUCUUUUCAGAGCUCAAUGAAGCUGAAGCAAGUCUCUUCACCCAUUGACUUCAACAUUAUUGAGAGGACUAACCUGAGCUCCUUAAGUGAAGGUCUUAUAAUUGGAUCUUCAUAUUUUGUCACUCCAUCAGCUUGUUAUGAGAUAGAAACUUCAGACGAAAUGGAUCGACCAGAGUUGAAUGCUCAAAGGAUUUGCAGUGUUCUGCAUUCAAUGGAUCAGGGCCUGUUAUGCUCUUCGUGUUGUAAUGUGGAAACCAUGAGAGAAGCAGCCUUCCACUGCUAUUAUCUUCUUCAGCCUUCAGACAAUGGACCAAUGCUUCUCAGGCGCCUUUCAGGAUCAGAGGAAGUCUUGCCUGUGCCUGAUGCCAAUCGAUUCCUUGAUUCUGCUGUCAACAAGGAGAUUCAGAAUUCCAUUCAAGCCUCACUACUGAAGAUAGAAUUAAGAGACUACAAUCCAGUACUGCACGAGAGAGGAUUUCAUCAAAAGCUCAAUUUGCUUGUGAAAGAGAGCCUGCAAAUAGGGUCACUUCCUCCUAAACUGGAUGAGACAACAUCCCAGCUAAACUCAAGCCAACCAGAUUCUUCAGAGGUCAUUGUACUAGAUGCUACUGAUUUGGAGGAUGAAACCCCACUGUUGGAUCUGACGAAUAGAGAUGACAAAACCACCUCUUCUAUCGCAGAAGAAUGGGAGCAUUUGGGUGUCAACGAACUUCCCAACGCAUAUUCUCCCACUUGUGUUUCCAAACUUAAGAUGGACCAGUCACCUCUAUCCUCACCAGACAGUCAGAAGCAGCUGGUUGUCAGUGAAGUUCCCAAGACGUAUUCUCCUACUUGUGUUUCCAAUCCUAAGAUGGACCAGUCAGUUCUGUCCUCACCAGACAGUAACAAGCAGCUGGAUGCAAAAACUUCUAGGAUACUAGAGAGGCUGGAGUUACCAAGACAGUUAAAAUCUAAGGCAGUUUCUCCCACUAUCACAAGCAGUCAAACACCUCUGCCAACAAAAAAGCCUUCGAUCCCAUUCCAGCCCACCAAUGCAAUAGACCAAAGCCUGACUUCAAGCCAGUUACUCAAGCCCAACUUCCAGAGGCUCAAAAGGAAACAUAAAUGA